AUGAGGUGGUUUGCCCCCGGCCCCUUCUCACAGAGAAAUUGGGACAGAUGCGGGGACACAUUACACCCCCCCGGGUAAACACAUGUCCUACACACAACCUUCAACAACACCUGUCCUACACACCCCCGCCCCACACACACACCUGCCAUAUAAAGUAUCCUAAUAGAACCCACUUUUAUAUGGCUACAUUUCAUAAAUGUCUUUGUCUCACCUAAAGCCUGUUUCUCCUCACUCUGCAGUUUGUGGUGGUUGUCUCUGAAGGAUGGCAUGUUCACCAACGCCAACGUUCUGUUCAAGACCAAGUUCGUAGACGGGGUGUCCGCCGUGUCCCGUACCACCCAGGCCCAACCAGACCAGAACCAGACCCACAAGGGACAGCGACAAGGCCCGUCUCAAAGGCCGCAGGCACAAAAAACUCACCGCUAA